CAGUUUGUAUAAAAUCAGCGCACAGGCCUAGCGCCCGUUAGUCGGUUUUUGGUUUUAGGAGAGUUGUGAAGUAAAAAUACGAGUUAAAAAUGAAAUUUUUGAUAUUAUUAGUGGCAGUAGCGACGAUAUUCGCCAGUGCCUGUGCACUUAAAAAUGAAAUAUGCGGCUUGGAACACUCCCUAAAUGGUGACGGCCGGAUUUCGUGUGAAGCCUAUAUUCCCAGCUGGUCCUAUAAUGCAGCUGCCAAUGAGUGCGUCAGUUUCAUAUUCGGAGGAUGUGGCGGCAAUGCCAAUCGUUUUGCAUCACAAGAUCAAUGUGAAAGCAAAUGCAAGGAAUAGACUCGAAAUGGCAUAGAAAAUAAUUUUUAAAAAAAGUUUUGACGGCAAUAAAAAGUGUACAAAAAAUGAAAA